AACAUCAUACCUGUACAGACAACCUGUCAGAACAUCAUACCUGUACAGACAACCUGUCAGAACAUCAUACCUGUACAGACAACCUGUCAGAACAUCAUACCUGUACAGACAACCUGUCAGAACAUCAUACCUGUACAGACAACCUGUCAGAACAUCAUACCUGUACCGACAACCUGUCAGAACAUCAUACGUGUACAGACAACCUGUCAGAACAUCACACCUGUACAGACAACCUGUCAGAACAUCAUACCUGUACAGACAACCUGUCAGAACAUCAUACGUGUACAGACAACCUGUCAGAACAUCAUACCUGUACAGACAACCUGUCAGAACAUCAUACCUGUACCGACAACCUGUCAGAACAUCAUACCUGUACCGACAACCUGUCAGAACAUCAUACCUGUACAGACAACCUGUCAGAACAUCAUACGUGUACAGACAACCUGUCAGAACAUCAUACGUGUACAGACAACCUGUCAGAACAUCAUACCUGUACCGACAACCUGUCAGAACAUCAUACCUGUACAGACAACCUGUCAGAACAUCAUACGUGUACAGACAACCUGUCAGAACAUCAUACCUGUACAGACAACCUGUCAGAACAUCAUACCUGUACAGACAACCUGUCAGAACAUCAUACUUGCAUACCUGUACAGACAACCUGUCUCAGAAAUAACUGGCAGUACAGGAAACACUGCAGAUAUGCCACAGAGGGUGGACUUUGAGCAGAAUAUUCCGUUCAACCAUUAG